AUGGCAGUACAACCAUACUCGCCACGGGAAUCCAUUGAAAUGGAAGGAGAUCCCCUCCUCUCCCUGGUGGAUUCGGCCUUUGAGCCCGAGCAGCUUCCGCUGACGGUCGCGAAGAAGAAGAAGAAGCCCUGGGUUCUCUUCGUGAUCCUCGUGUUUGCCAUGGUCUCCAUCAUCGACAUCGGCGCCUUCCUCGCGGACCCCCCCAAAACGCGUGUUUUCGAAGCGAACAUCUGCCUUGGUUACUACCAGGAACACGACCCUUCGGUGAUUGGCGACGAUGGGACGAUACCAGAGAAGUUGUGCAAGUUGGACGAGAUACAACAGAAGCUGGCCAUGAUCUUUGGGUGGCAAGAAACCUUUGAUGCGAUACCAGGUAUCCUUUUGGCUGUGCCUUUGGGCACCAUGGCGGACAGACGAGAUAUGGAUAUGGACUAUGGGCACCAGCUGACAGCGAUAGGCUAUUUCAAGACUCUUCCCCUUCAGUGGACCUGGCUAUCCAGCCUCUUCUUCUUCAUCGGCGGCGGCCCUAUUGUGGCUAUGGCGAUUGGCAUCACCAUGCUCUCCGACAUUGUGCCUCCUGAAAAGCGAACUUCGAUCUUCCUAUACUUGACAGCAACCGUGCUGGUCUCGGAAAUGAUGGCGCCCAUACUUGCAGCACGCCUUAUGGAUCAUGGUGACUGGUUCCCGCUGGUCCUGGCACUGGCCAUUCAGCAGGCUGGCAUUAGUCUUGCGUUUGUCGUCCCAGAGACGCUGCACAUGCGCGACUUACCAGAACCCAAAGACGGUGUCGAGGAGGUAGUCGUUGUCAAGCCAACAGGCAGUCACUUCACAAUCAGAUCGCAGAUACAAAACUUCCGCACUGCCAUUAUCUUCUUACGUAGCGACUGGACAUUGGCCCUGGUUGUCUUUACCUUCAUGGCGAACAGACUCGGUAGCCAGUCGCUUAGUCUCAUCGUUCGUUACGCCUCGAAACGCUAUGGCUGGGAGAUCAAAAAGGCUGCCUAUCUCUUGUCCCUCCGUGCAGCAACCAAUCUCGUCGCAAUUACUGUUUUCAUUCCCCUCACUAAUCUUGUGUUGUUGAAGAAAUUUCGUCUCCCAGCGCACUGGGCGGAUCUGUACCUAGCUCGUGGUUCCAUCAUUCUCACUACCAUUUCUUUCUUUGUCAUGGGCAUUGCCGCUUACCCAGCACUCCUCGUUAUAGGUCUCCUCAUCUUCAAUCUCGGCACAGGCUACAGCGCAGCCAUGCGCUCCAUCGCCAUUCAUGUAGUCGGCGGGCAGUCAAGCCCCGAUGUUGGUAAGCUCAUGAGUACCAUUGCGAUUGCGGAAGCCUUCGGUGCCAUGGUGGCUGGACCGAUGUUGAGCCAGAUGUUUCAGUGGGGCAUGGAUCUGGGAAGUGCAUGGACUGGACUGCCUUUUCUGAUGUCUGUUGUGUUUUUCGCGGCGAUGACCAUGGCCAAUUUCCUGAUUGAUUUCAAGGACAAAGAAGUUGCGUAUAUGGAAGUGAGGCGCGACGAUGAGGAUGUUGGCGGUGAUGUGGAUGGUGCCGAACGAGCGAUGACUUCUGGCCUGGAAGACCGCGCGAUUAGAAGAUCUAUUUCUUGA